CAUCCUCUGAAGGUACUUGCAAUCACCCUCUUAUCCAUUGUUCCACACGCUGCUGACAUCGAACACCUCUUCUCGGAUGUGGGUAGCACUCAGUCUCCGAAGCGCUGCAAUCUCUCGGUAGACACAUUUGAAGCACUGGCAAAAAUUUGA